GAUACCACUGUUCCAGACAGUUCCCCUUGUUUCAUUUGACGCCUAUAAAAUCAAGCAGUCCACGGAUUAACCAUUAACCAGAUCAUCCACAGAUCAUCAGCCCUCAUAAGACAUACCACGAUCAAACCGCCUGCAGAUCCUCACCCCUCACUAGAUAUACAUACCAUGUCUUCGUUCGCCGAGUCUUCCGCAGAUUCACAUGAGCACCCACAGGGCGCCUGUCCAGUGACGGGCAAGACAUACGACUUCUGCCCAAGGCAGGCUGGGGACGUAAGAUCGCCCUGCCCGGCGCUGAAUGCCCUUGCGAACCACGGUUACCUCCCACGAGAUGGAAAGAACAUUGGCGUAUGGGACCUCGUUCGUGGACUCAAAAACGGAUACCAACUAUCAACAGUGCUGGCCUGCCUCUUGUCAUUUGGCGCCAUGCUCCUACUCGGGCAAUACAGAUGCUUGUCCCUCUCAGAUCUCGCUCGUCAUAACAUGAUCGAGCAUAACGCAUCACUUGUCCACAGAGACGACAACAAUGGUGCAGAAUAUGCCCCGACCAAGGUGGACAGGAAACUAUUAGCCGCCCUUUGUGCAGAGGGAGGAAAGCUACUCCCAAACAGAAUAACUCUCGAGGAUGCCGCGCACAUCCGUGUCAAGAGAGAAGCGCAAUGCGGAAAGUUGGAUGGUGUACAUGCCGAAAUAGCUCGAGGGGAGAUAGUAAUUGCUAUCGGAGUCCUAGGUGGCAAGGACGCGUUGAAGAACGGCGUCAACAUUAGCGCAUUGCACGAAUGGAUGCAGCAUGAGCGUCUGCCUACUGGCUGGAGGCCGGAUCACACCCAGGGCUUGUACCAGACAUACAAGAUGGCGAAGUAUGUCAGGGAGCGCAUGAGGGAGAUCGGAGCGCAGCAACCACCUAACAAGCCAGGGGAGUAUUAGGGUUGGUUUUCUGUCUUUAUUUUAUUUGUGUUUGGAUUUUAUUCGUAUAUAUAUACCCAUUGAUAUCUGUUCGUACAACAAAUUUACUUAUAUCACGCAUUACCAGUAACACUAUUAAUUAUUCUGCAUUUCAUUUAUGUAAUCC